CUGGGAGAGACAGCAAAGAUGUGGUGGGCUCCUACUCCCCAUGAGGUCGUUUACAGGGCACGCAAUUUCCAGGCAGCGUCAUAGUGUAGCUAACUUCACGAUCGAGCUGGCGUGUCACACACAUCACAGCCAAACAUUAGCAAUUGGGUUAAAUCAGGUCCACCGUUUCUCAAUAUCCGAACAUCCAUACACUCAUACGAAGCAAAGCGUUGAAUAAGGGGGGCUGGUUUUUUACCAGGCAAGAAGAACACUGAUAUUUAUCUCCACUGUCUGACAACGUAAUCUCUUAGAGUCGAAACCUUUCUUAAGUCAAACCUUUGCUUUUUCAAAGCAGAUUGUAAUUUCAUUGACCACUUCCACUGAAAAGCUUCUGAUGAUUUGAUGAACAAUACAGUCUUACCUUGAUUUGAAGUAAUUCCCCAGAAUUUACUAAGUUACACAGUAAAUACAAAGCAAGAUAUGACCCGUGUAUUGUCCGCUCCAGCAGCACACGUGCCUGUAGUGCCUCUGAACUUUGCAGCCGUGUCACAGCAGACGCCCUACAGUCGAGACGUCGUGGAGGGCUGCGUUAGAGAAACUCUGGCAGCGCUGCACAGAGCCUUAGCAUCAGAGAGGAACAUAUUCCUCCCUUUCAAGGGAAUUGGAGUUCUGUCCUUCAGGAACAACAAGGUUCAGAUGAAGUUCAGCAGGGAUUUCAUUAAUACAAUCAGUGGGACACAUCAGACGCUGAAAGAUUCCAGCUUGAGAGCUGGGAGCAGCGUUUCCUUGUCAUCUGGUGACGUUACUGAACUUCAAAGGCCACAGGCUGCCUGCCAUGUCUCCCUCCCAGCUAUCGGCUUUUCUCAGAUGGAUAACAAAGGAAUCAGCAAAGAAGGCGGAAACGUUUUGCCAUCUGGGGACCAGAGGAACAAAAAAGAGGUUCCCCAGCAAAGAGAGUCUAAAUCCAAUCAGUCACUGCAGAUGAAAGCUGUUGGCCUGACUGAGGAACUGAAUCCAAUCCCCCCUGCGGAGCCCUCAAGCAGUGUGCUACAUGAAGAACCUCCCAAACUGGACCAGCAUCUCAGAAAUGUCAGCUGCUCUGGUCAGAUCCUUGCUGAACAGGCAAAGCUAACUGAGCGGCGUGAACAGGCAAAGAAGGUGGCUGCGUUCAACUUGCUCAUGUCAAGACAGGAGAAGAGCUCCUGUUUCGACUGUCCUAGAUCAUUCAUCUUCCCGGCUCGACCAGUCACUCCCCCGAAGAGGAUACAGCAGCAUCGUUACAGGAGUGAUCUACGGAGCCAGAUGGAAAGGAGACAGCAACUCGAGGCUCAGGACCAGCAGUACCGCCUUCUUACAGAGCGACUGGACCAGAUGCAGCUGAUACAGGAGAUCGCUUUGCAGAGGGCUCAGCAGCUCCGUGAGAACCUGGAGAAAACCAAGCAUUACAGGAAGGCUCUGGACACUCAGGUGGAGGACAAGAUUGUCACAUCGUGUCCAGAGUGUCCGCCUGACAAACCAAGACCAAAUCGCUGCGAAACAGCAAUUAGGAGGGCAGAGAACCGAAAGAGAGCACAAAAGCUCUUUCAUGCGAACUUCAGCGUUGCCACUCAGAGAAAGAGGGAGGAGAUCCAGAAUCAUCAACUACAGCUGGAAAAAGAAAAGGAAAUGCUAAAACACACUAAGACACAGUUAAUGCAGGACAACAUUAAUCGUUUUGAAAAGAAGCGUGCCUUCCGAAAAUCCCUGGAGGACGACUGGAGUCGAAGUGUUGAGCUCAAACACAAACGAGAGGAAGAGGAGAGGCGCUUCCUGAGGUCUGCUGGAAAACUCCUGGUAGACAAGCUCGAAGAAUGCCAACGCUGCUGGAGGUGUAGAAGGAGGACCACCAACUGAGGAGAAACCAGCGUAUGGAAGGACUCGUGUUACCCUUCAGGUUCACAGUUUAUGAUCUGAAGCAGAACGAGGAAAACACUAACAAAUUCAACAAGUUGUUGCUGCAUUGCAGCCCAGCGCAAUAUGCACUAUUUUAAUUGUUCUUGAUCACUCUUUCACAAUUAUCACACGCAAUUCGUAUCUGCUCUGUGUGCUUUAUUUAUUUUUUUAGUCGUUUUAAACUCUGGAAACUCUUUUCAGAGAUCCAUAAUGAGUGUUUCUACAGAAUAAGUUUUAAAUAGGAUUUGAUGAUUGUGAGCUUCAUUUUAUUGCUGUGCAUU